GGGUCUCGCGGGGAAAUCACAAAGACACGGGGUUACCUGAUAUUCAUGGAAACACUCUGAGUGCACACAAACCUCCUUCAGGAGCUGCAUGUGUCGCGCUCGUUCUGGGACAGGCUGCAGUGGCUUGCUUUCUUUCUUUCGGACCUGUCAGAGAUCAUGGAUUGGGGUUCAGAUCUUUGGGUUAAACUGGUUUAGGCACCACUGGUGUCUGAUCAUCUCUGAACAGCAGUAAAGACCAGACAAACUAUUUCUGCUCUCCAUUGCUUUGGAAUGAUUUCUGGACCAACAGGAAGUAGAUCAGACCAGCAUGACGUGAUCGAUAGACACACUCAGAGCGGACUGGAUCUGCUGGAGCGAUACGUGAAGUUUGUCAAAGAGAGAGCCGAGAUCGAGCAGAAUUACGCCAAACAGCUCAGGACUUUGUCUAAGAAAUAUUCCAGACGAGGCGUCAAAGAAGAUCAGGACACAAAGCCGAGCAAUCAGCAGGCGUUUCAGGACGUGCUGAAUCAGCUGAACGAUUACGCGGCUCAGAGAGAGCAGCUCUCCGAGAGCAUGACGCUGAGCAUCUGUGUGGAGCUCAGCAGAAACCUGCAGGAGCUGCGACAGGAGCGCAAGAACCAUCUCUGUGAGGUUAAGAAGGCUCAGCAGAACCUGGAGAGCAGCUCUAAACUGCUGGAGGCUAGUAAGAAGCGUUUUGAGAAGGAAUGGAGAGAAGCAGAGAAGGCCAAUCAGCAGACAGAGAAAGUCCAGCUGGAUGCAAACGCCACGAAAGCAGACAUGGAGAAGGCCAAACAGCACACUCACCUCCGCGUGCACUUAGCCGACGAGUGUAAGAACGAUUACGCUUCACAGCUGCAGAAAUACAACAAGGAACAGAACAACUUCUACCACUCAGAGAUCCUGUCUGUGUAUAAGAAGCUGCAGGAAAUGGAGGAGCGGCGCAUCAGAUUGUUAGCCGACGGUUACGUGCAGUUCUCUGAAACAGAGAAGAACGUCCUGCCCAACAUCAUCAAGUGUUUGGACGCCAUCAGCUCCACCGGGAGGAACAUCAAUGAGAAACAAGACACUCUGGCUCUUAUAGAGCAGUAUAGAUCAGGCGCGGCGCCUCCUGCUGACGUGGAGUUUGAGGAUUACAGUCAGGGAGUCAAAGCUGCUGCAUCUGACAACACUACGACACACCUGCCGAAAGUCCGCAUCAAACAGCUGUUCCACAAGAAAAACAAGAAUUUUCAGGUGACGUCUCCUGAUAAAAACACGCCGUCUUCGCUGGAGGAUCUCUCUCGUCUCCCUCCGGAUCAGAGAAGGAGACGUCUGCAGGAGAAGAUCGAUGACAUCCAGAAGGAGCUGCAGAGAGAGACGGAGCAGAGUGAGGCUAUGAUGAAGAUGAAGGGUGUUUAUGAGCAGAACUCUCAGCUUGGAGAUCCAUCCAGCCUUCAGCCUCAGAUCACACAAACCGCUCAUAACAUCGCCAAACUGAGAGGAGAGCUCAAUAAAUACCAGGUUCAGCUCACUGAAGCCGGCGGUGGGACGCUGCAACACUAUCCCGCCAGUUCAGAGUACAUCACCGUGCUGAGUGAGUCCAGCGUGUCUCCGUCAGAGAACAUCUAUGAAUGUGAAUUUGAUGAGGACUUUGACAUGGACGUGCCCAUCGGUCAGUGCACGGCACUCUAUGACUUUGACGGCGGCAGCGAGGGCGCCGUGAGCAUGCAUGUGGGCGAGCAGCUGAGUCUGAUGCUGGAGGAUCAGGGCGACGGCUGGGUCCAAGUACAGAGGGCCAGUGGAGACGUGGGAUACGUGCCGGCGUCCUACAUCCAGAUCAUCUGAUCGCAUCAGAAACAGCUGAUAGCGUGUUUCACAGGAGUGUGAGCUGUGCUCAUCUGACUCCAUCAACUCUUGUGUUUUUAUGUCACGGGGAGUGUUUUCACGUUUUUCAUGUUGCACUUUUUGAUUUCUUUCUCUUCUGUCAGCAUGCAUUAUGCUGCUUCUGGUGAUUUUCUGCACAUCUGUAGUUUUAAAAUUGAUUUUAGUUGUCUUUUUCUAUUGUGUUUGUCUACUGUUGCACGCCUUUGUAUCGCAUUGUUGUAACUUCAUGAUGCAUAAUUACAGUCCAUUGUGUCCAAAUGUGUGCUGAUUGAUUGGUGUAUUUAUUUUAAAGAUCCGUUCAACCCAAAAACGAUAAUUAUAAUGAUAUCUAUAUUAGUGUUCACACCAACUAAUGAUAUCAUUGUUUAUUGGUAUAAGUGCGUCUGUCACUAAAUGCUUGAGCAACCGUGCACAAAGACCAACAGUCAAGGUCAGACUUUUCAUUAAAUAAUAUAUUAAAUUUCAGUUUGAUCAUAAACGCCAAGAACAUUUGGAAAAUAUAACUUUUGUUGCGUGGGAUCAUUUCUGUUAUAUGAUGUGGGUGUCAUUCAGUGUCAUAUGGAUGAGCGCGAACGGGACUUUUCUUUAAAUUUCUCCAUUUAUGGUCCAAAAAUGAAGUCUGUUUAUGAAGUCUGCCACUUUUACUGCUCGAGGUCUUUAUUAAAGAUGGAUUCUGUUUGGCUGUCAGUGUUCUUAUCGUUUUUCAGCUGGACAAAAGCUUUCUGGAAGUGAUUCCAAUGAUAUCGUUCCUCUGUGAUUAUGGUUAUAGUUGUGUGGACCUCCUCAUUC